AUGCGUCCAGCCACCCUGCACUGGAGCCGAACCAAAAACUUGAUGCACUUUCAUGCUUUUAUGGGCUUCGGUGUCUUGUUCACGACAAUGUUCGUGGUAAACCUGAUUUGGGGCGAAUGUGAACUGACCGAUAUUCCAGAAGGAUACGAGCCUCACUAUUGGGAAUAUGAAAGGCAUCCGCUGAGUCAAUGGUUUGCCAAAUACUAUUACACGAGUCCGCAGAGAGACCAUGAAAAGUUUCUGUCGAAGAUCAGUUUCCUGAAUCAGAAGCGCCUUUGGGCGUUGGAAGAACAACGGGUGAAACACCUGGUAUUCGAAAGGGGAGACUAUAAAGCAUGGUAUUACGUGCCGGUAAAAGCAAAGUGGGUGGAAUACGAAAACUACCGGGCGGACAGAAUACGUCAAAAUGUCGAAGACUUUAUACACAUGAUGUGA